AUGGGCAAGACUUGGCCUGCCGCUGACGAGGCUGCUGCCGCUGGGACUGAGAAGCGCAGGCGCCGCGGCGGCACGCGAAAGAAGACCGGCUGUUAUACUUGCAAGGCACGCCACGCGCGCUGCGAUGAAGCGAGGCCAUUGUGCGGAAACUGCCAGCGAUUGAAUCUGGAAUGCCGUCCCCGUGAGUUCAUCAUCCUUUCGUCAUGGAGCGCACCCGGGGAGACAGCAGAGACCGCCGCCGAAAGCGCUCCGUCGGGCACCUCUCAUCUAUUGCAGUCCAAUUCGGCCUCCAGCUUUCGCGAGCACACUUCUCCCAUUACGCCGACAUCAACAUGGAAUCUAUUCGAAACUUACUCGCCUGUGCCAGCCCUUGAUGAAGGUCAAACGGGAUUCGCAUCGUCCUAUUCCACUACGUCAUACUCUAACAGUGGCCAGUUCACGCUGACGGCCGAGAUGGCGUACUUACUGAACGCCUACAGAACGGGUGUCGCGACAUGGAUGGACAUUUUUGAUCACGAAUACACUUAUCAGCGUGAAGUCUUACGUCGCUGUAUGGGCUCACAGCUGCUCGUUUGGAGCGUCUGCGCAUUUACAGCCAAGAACCUGAGUCUUUUGCCGUCUGGAGGUGUCUGGGCGCCUUCUGCUGCCCAAUAUUACAGCGCAUCGCUGCGCCUUCUGAUUGGAUACGUUGGAGGAGGCGGCGCCCACGAAGAUACGCUGACUUCAACGAUGCUUCUUUGUAGCUACGAGAUGAUUGCCAAUCACGGCGUUGAGCACCGGCGACAUUUCUACGGUGCUAUGCUCCUGAUAUCGAACCGUCGGAUUACGGCGACCUCGGACGCGAUGGAUCGUGCAAACUUUUGGAUAUAUAUUAGACACGAAAUCACCGUCGCGUUGGUUAAUGAAACCCCGCUGCAGAUUGGGCCGGAGGAGUGGAAUGCGAGCUGGCAACAGCCGGGAGGCGAUGAAGCCGCGCUGGGCAACCAGCUUCUGUGGCUGCUAGGCAGAGCCAUCAACCUUGCCUAUCGACCAAGCUUAAAUGCUAUCGAAGGCCGGCGAGAGGUAUUGCGCGAUGCGGACAAAUGGUUUGAGGCCCUUCCGCCAUGUUUCCGUGGUGUAAAAUACAGCGACCCAGACGAUCAUGGGUUUGUAAAGUUAUACUUCGCCGUCCCUACUGCAGUUCAUGUUUCAAAAAUAGAGUAUCAUGCCCUUGAAAUCGGCAGCAUCGGACUGUCGGAUAUUCCGGCGUGCGUGCGCAGUUUCUCUGCUCAAGCAGUAUUCUUUGGUACAUCUCAACAAUCGAGUCCACUAUCCGUGUCACAAUUUACAGUUUGGACAAAUUAUCCUACGCAAAUCGAGCUAAUAUAA